AUGGAGUCUGAAAAAUAUAUCUGCAUUCGUGAGGACGGAGCGCAGGGAGCCUCUCUGACCGUUGUGGAUCUGACCAACAACAACGAGGUUUCCCGUAUUCCCAUGGGUGCUGAGUCCACGAUUAUGAACCCUGAGUCGAAGAUGGUUGCGCUGCGCAAGGGACUCGCUCUUCAGGUGUUCAAUCUGGAGACCAAGUCGAAGGUGUCUUCUUUCAAGCUUCCUGACAACAGCGCCGUGGUCUACUGGUGCUGGGUGGACGCCAAGACCAUUGCGAUCGUCACUCAGACCAGCGUGUUCCACUGGAGCAUUGAGGGAGAGAGCAACCCCCGCAAGGUGAUGGACCGUCAUCCCAACCUUGCUCAGUGCCAGAUCAUCAACUACCGCGUGAGCCCCGACCAGAAGUGGUGCAUGCUGAUCGGUCUCGGCAAGGGUGCUGAGAACAGCAUUGCCGGAACGAUCCAGCUGUACUCCGUGGACAACAAGAAGUCCCAGGUGAUUGCUGGAUUCUGCGGAGGCUUCCUGAACGUGGACAACCAGACGGCCAAGGGCCAGCUGUUCACCUUCAUCAUGAAGGAGGGACCCCGUGCCAACUGCAAGUUCCAGGCUACGGAGAUCGGCAAGGCGGGCGGUUUCAAGGUGAAGCCCGUGGAGUUCGCGUUCCCCGCGGAGGCUGCCCAGGACUUCCCUGUGUGCAUGGAGAUCGAUGAGCCUCGCUGCCUGGCGUACAUGAUGACCAAGAUGGGUUACGUGUACAUGUUCGAUAUCAUGACCGGCACUCUGCUGUUCCGCUCGCGCAUCAGCCCCGAGCCGAUCUUCCUCACCACCAAGGUGGCGACCGGUGGUAUCAUCGGCCUCACCUCGGGCAAGGGAGGCAUCAUGAAGGUGACUCUGAACGAGGCCAACCUGGUCCCCUUCGUCAUGAACGGACUGAAGCAGACCAACCUGGCUUUGGAGCUGGCGUGCCGUCUGAACCUCUCUGGCGCGGACGACAUCUUCAUGAACCAGUUCUCCGCCAUGAUCCAGCAGGGCAACAUCAAGGGAGCUGCUCGCGUGGCCUUCAAGUCGCCGAAGAACCUGAUCCGUAACGAGAACACGAUCCGCAGACUGCAGCAGAUGCCCGCUGCUCCCGGCCAGCAGCCUCCGUUCGUGGCCUACAUCGGCGCCAUUCUGGAGCUGGGACGCCUGAACGAGAUCGAGACGCUGGAGUUCAGCAAGAUCAUUCUGCAGCAGGGAAAGAAGCAGAUCAUCGAGAAGUGGGUGAAGGAGGACAAGAUCACCUGCUCGGAGGCGCUCGGCGAUAUGGUGGCGACGCAGGACGUGCGUCUGGCCAUGGCCAUCUACUACAAGGGCAAGUGCCACGAGAAGGUGGUUGCUUCGCUGGUGCGCGCUCAGCAGUACGAGAAGGUGCUGCAGUACUGCCAGCAGAACGACUACCAUCCCGACUACAACGCCCUGGUGCGCAACAUGAUUUCCCAGGACGCCAAGGCCGCUGAGGGCUUCGCCAAGAUGCUCGCGCAGAGCCAGGCCGACAAGAUCGACAUCCAGGGAAUUGCCGACGCCUUCUACACCAUGGGAUACGUGCAGGAGUGCACCGGCUUCCUGCUGGAGGUGCUGACCAAGAGAGGCGAUCUGCCCGAGGAUGCUGCGCUCCAGACCCGCGUGCUGGAGAUCAACCUGUCCAGCGGCAACACGCAGGUGGCCGAGGCCAUCCUGUCCAACAAGAUGUUCUCGCACUUCGACAAGCCCAAGAUUGCCGAGCUGUGCGAGCGCGCCGGACUCUACCAGUCCGCUCUGUCCCUGUACACGGACCUGGACGCCAUCAAGCGUGUGGUCGUGAACACCCACAUGAUCAAGCCCGAGUUCCUGGUGCAGUACAUCGGUGAGCUGCCCGCCGAGCAGGCGAUUGAGGUGCUGCGCACCCUGAUGUCCUACAACUCCUCCAACGUGCGUCUGGUGGUGCAGGUGGCUCAGAAGUACUCGCAGAACAUCGGCGUGGAGCCUCUGAUCGCCCUGUUCGAGGAGUUCUCCUCUACCGAGGGUCUCUUCUACUUCCUGGGCGCCAUCGCCUUCACCUCGACCGACGGCAACGUGCAGCUGAAGUUCAUCGAGGCCGCCACCAAGAUGGGUCAGUACAAGGAGGUGGAGCGCAUGUGCCGCGAGGGAUCUGCCUACGAUCCGAAGGAGGUCAAGGCCUUCCUGAUCGACUCGAACCUGCCCGAUCCUCUGGCGCUGAUUCACCUGUGCAACCGCUUCGACAUGAUCGAGGACAUGACGCAGUACCUGUACGAGCAGCACCUGAACAAGUACAUCGAGGCCUUCGUGCAGAAGGUCGCGCCCGCGAAGACCCCCGUGAUCAUCGGCAAGCUGAUCGACAUGGACGCCUCGGAGGACUUCAUCCAGUCCCUGCUGAACAGCGUGAUGGCCAUGUGCCCGAUCGCUCCUCUGGUGGACGUGUGCGAGGCGCGCAACCGCCUGCGCAUGAUCCAGCCCUGGCUGGAGGCUCGUCUGCGCGAGGGAAGCGUGGAUCCCGAGCUGCACAACGCCAUCGGAAAGAUCUACAUCAGCAACAACCAGAACGCCCAGGAGUUCCUGCUGAAGGACCAGUACUACAACAGCAAGGUGAUCGGUCAGUUCUGCGAGAAGGUCGACCCGUUCCUGGCGUUCCUGGCGUACCGCCGUGCCAACGGAGCCUGCGACGACGAUCUGAUCCGCGUGACCAACGAGAACGGUCUGUUCAAGGACCAGGCGCGCUACCUGGUGGAGCGCAUGGACGACAAGCUGUGGGGCAUGGUGCUGACUCCCGAGAACGAGCACAAGAAGGAGCUGGUCGACCAGAUCGUGAACACGGCGCUGCCCGAGUGCAAGAACCCCGAGAUGGUGAGCCGCACCGUCAAGGCCUUCAUGGAGGCGGACAUGCCCGACGCUCUGCUGGAUCUGCUGGAGCGCCUGGUGCUGCAGGGAACGGAGUUCGGCCGCAACAAGUCGCUGCAGAACCUGCUGAUCAUCACCGGACUCAAGGCUUCUCCGGAGCGCGUGCCCGACUACAUCGAGCGUCUGGACAACUACGACGCUCCCCAGCUGGCGCAGCACUGCCUGGAGAAGGGCCAUCCCGAGGAGGCCUUCCUGAUCUACAAGAAGGUGAACAUGCCCGUGGAGGCCGUGACCGUCCUGAUCCAGAACAUCAAGGACAUCGACCGCGCCGUCGAGUUCGCCGAGCGCAGCCAGAACCCCAUGGUGUGGUCGAAGGUGGCCAAGGCCCAGCUCGACUUCAACCAGGUCGACCAGGCCAUCGAGGCGUACAUCAGCGCCCAGGAUCCUUCCACCUUCAUGGAUGUCAUCACCGCCGCGGAGCGUGACGGAAAGUACGAGAGUCUGGUGAACUACCUGCUCAUGGUGCGCAAGACCAUGAAGCAGGCCCGCGUGGACUCGUCUCUGGCCUACGCCUACGCCAAGCUCGACCGCCUGAACGACCUCGAGGAGUUCCUGAGCGCGCCCAACGCCGCCCAGAUCCAGGUCAUCGGCGACCGCUGCUUCAACGAGAAGAUGUACGAGGCCGCCCGCAUCCUCUACGAGAACGUGGGCAACACCGCCAAGCUGGCGUCCACCUACAUCUGCCUCAAGAAGUACCGCGAGGCCGUGGAUGUCGCCCGCAAGGCCAGCAACAUCCGCACCUGGAAGGAGAUCCUGGAGGCCUGCUUGGCCGCCGAGGAGUACAAGCUCGCCAUGACCUGCGCGCUGAACAUCAUCUCCUCGCCCGAUCACCUGGAGUCCGUGAUCGCUGCCUACGAGAAGAGAGGUCUGUACGAGGAGCUGAUCAAGAUCAUGGAGCAGGGACUGGGACUGGAGAACGCCCACACCGGCAUCUUCACCGAGCUGGCCGUGCUCUACACCAAGUACGCGGAGGACAAGACCAUGGAGCACAUCAAGGUGCACUGGAACCGCAUGCAGAGCGCCAAGGUCAUCCGCGCCUGCGAGAACGCCCGUCUCUGGUACGAGGCCUUCUUCCUCUACAAGCAGUCCGGUGACUUCGAUAUGGCCGUGCGCACCGUCAUCGACCACAGCGCCGUGGCCUUCCGCGAGGAGGACUUCUUCGAGGUGAUUCCCAAGGUGAACAACAAGGAGCUCAACUACCGCGCCAUCGACUUCCUGGUGGCCGAGCACCCGAUGCUGCUGCAGCGUCUGCUCAACGCCGUCAAGGACACGCUGGACCACGCCCGCGUGGUGCGCCAGCUCGAGAAGACCGGCAACGUGGCGCUCGUGAUGCCCUACCUGAAGGACGUGCAGUCGGAGAACAUUGCGGGAGUCAACGAGGCCAUCAACAAGGUCUACAUCGAGGACGAGGAGUACGAGAGUCUGCGCAAGUCCAUCGACGCCUACGACAACUUCGACCAGGUGGCCAUGGCCUCGCAGCUCGAGAACCACGAGCUCCUGGAGUUCCGCCGCAUCGCUGCCUACCUGUACAAGAAGAACGAGAAGUGGGAGAAGUCCAUCGCCAUCUCCAAGAAGGACAAGAUGUUCAAGGACGCCAUCGACACCACCGCGCAGUCCAAGAGCAAGGACCUCACCCAGAGCCUGCUCGAGUACUUCAUCGAGAUCCAGGACAAGGAGGCCUUCUGCGCCACCCUCUACACUUGCUUCGAGUUCGUGCAGCCCGAUGUGGUGCUGGAGCUUGGCUUCCGCAACGACAUGAUGAACUUCUGCCUGCCCUACUUCGUGCAGUACGUGAAGGAGCUGAAUGAGAAGGUGACCAACAUGGAGUCCGCGCUGAAGCCCAUGGACAUGCCUCCCAUGGGAAUGAUGCCCCCGAUGCCCAUGAUGCCGCCCAUGGGUAACGGUCUGCCCAUUGCCGACGCCCCCAAGGGAUCUCCUUCCCAGGGUCCUGUUCCCAUGCCGCCCAUGGGCAACAUGCCUCCUAUGGGAAUGAUGCCUCCGAUGGGUAACAUGCCCCCGAUGGGAUCGCCCUCGAAGGGACCUGCCAUGCCUCCGAUGGGAAUGAUGCCCCCGAUGGGCAACAUGCCCCCGAUGGGUAACAUGCCCCCGAUGGGAUCGCCCUCGAAGGGACCUGCCAUGCCGCCCAUGGGUAUGAUGCCCCCGAUGGGAAUGAUGCCUCCUAUGGGCAACAUGCCUCCUAUGGGAUCGCCCGCCAAGGGACCUGCCAUGCCGCCCAUGGGAUCGCCCGCGAACGCUCCUGCCCCCAUGCCCGGAAUGGGAUGGUAAGCGAGAAGCGCAGUGAAGAGAGAGAAAGAAGAGUGAUUUGCUUGCUGU